AUGCAUCGUAUUUUAUUAGACAUUAUUCUUUUCAAUCAAACACACACUGCGGUCAACCAAACUGAUGCGAUAAUUGAACUUUUAACAAAAAUGAAUAUAGACCAUAAGCUUUUAGGAGUAACGACAGACAACGCUUCCAAUAUGAUUGCUAUGGGUCGUGUUCUAAAAGAAAGAAUGCAUAAUGAAUUUAGUAAUAUUAAUGUGCAGCAUUUUCACUGUGGCACACAUAUUCUAAAUAUCAUUGUUGAAGAAGGAAUUAAGUCAGUCAGUGACCUGCGCUUGAUAUUCCGUGGUCUUAUUAUACAUUUAAAUAAUAAUAAAAACCCAGUGAUCAAUACACAACAUGCUGUAGCUAAUGCGAUGAAAGUACAAUUUAUAUCAUAUUGGGCUCACCUAAAUGAAUCGUCAGCAAUUUCAGGCCUUCUUGAUCCCUUGUACCAAAUAUACAAACCACCCGAAGAAAAAAAACCAUUACCACCUACCACUGCUACUAAAUCAACACGAAGAUUUUUUCGAAAUCUCACAAAGUGUCAUCAAUCUAACCUAAAUCGGUGUGAAAUUGAGAAAUACUUCUCUGAGCCAGAGACUGAAGCAGAUCCACUUCUUUGGUGA